AUGUGUCAGCGAUUUUUAGGUUGCCGGGAUUGUAGCUUGAGUAUUGGUGUUUCAUACGGAUUCCGUCACUGUAAAUGUAAAUUAUGUGGUGAAGCAGAAACCGGACAAUAUGAUAAACCAGUAAAUAAAACAUAUACUAUUUUAAAUCAUCUAGAAAAAGAAGAAGGUCUUAAAGCUUAUAGAUUGUUAUUAAAUAAAAAUGGUGGAUCAUUAAUCAUAAUGGUUAAAUGGGUGAAUUCAAGUUGUAUUGAACCUAGGAUAAUCUUUCGAGUGUUAAAAAAAGAGGGUGGUGAAAUUAAAUCGGUAGAAAUUCCAAAUUAUUAUAUACCAGAUUUUAAUUUUUGUUUGGCAAAGAAUUUUGAGGGAGUGGAUGAAAUGAUUGUAAAAUGGUAUGCUUUGCAGCCAAAUCAACUUUUAAUCACUUAUUUAAAUUCUAGCGAGAUCAACGAGGCCACUUAUUAUGGUCUUUUGUUUUCUCUGACAGGAGAUUAUAUAAAUACGAUCAUUUUAUCAAAGGCGUAUAGACAACAUGAGAAAUUAUUGCCCAAUGCAAAGGUGGUUGUAAAUUUUCAACCGAGUGGAGGAUUUUUGUUCGUCGAUUACUUAUCGAACACAUAUAAUUUACACUGGAUUCAUUUUAGUGAUCCGGACGAAAAUGGAACAUGUAAUGUCAUGCAAUCUGGAAUGAUAGAACAAACUGCAAGCAUCAAGGAUAAAAUACCAAUGCAUUACGAUGCAUUUUCAUUAAUGUUGGAAGGAGGGUUUGGUAUAAUAUUCUCAAAUAGGUCAAAGCCAUUAAUAAUGAACAAAGCUGAUAAUAGAUUUGUUUCAAAUGUUGAAAACCUACAAUGGAAAUACAAAAUGAUUUCAAAUUUGAAUGAAUAUAUUACCGAUCCCCCUUUACACGUUUAUGUUACAAUGAUUAAUAAUGCAGGAAAUAAUGAAAUUAUUGGGCCAUUUCUUAUUUAUCAAACUCCUUUACCAGAUCUUAGAGUUGAUUAUAUGGUUUGUGAUGUUGCUUACGUUAGUGUAGGAUACAUUUGUAUACUUGAAUUAACUAGUAGCACUAAUCAAUCAUAUUGGUUUAAAUUAUCUUUCUUGUCUUAUGGGUCGGUAAGUCAUAUUGAUAAGAUAGUAGCAGAUUUAGAAAUGCAAGGAGUACAUAAAGUAGAAUUCAAAGCGUUAUGGUCAGGAGGAUAUAUAGCAACGCUUAAGAAGUACAAUACGUUUGAUAAUAAUACUGAAAAUCUAAUAGGAUAUAUAUUAGAUAAUAAUGGAAUAUAUUCUUCGAAAUGGGAUUUUCCUGAUGAUUUAAUUGUACCAAAAUCGGCGCAAAUGCAAAUUUAUAAAAAUAAUAGUUGUUCAUUACUUUUACAAAAUCAAAAUAAUUCAUGGAGUAUUCUUGUUGGGAAAUUGGACAAUUUUGGACAGUCUUUGACAGUUUUUGACAGAUUAUGGACACAUUUUCAUAUGUCUAAAACCUUGUCCAAAAUAUUUAAAAUCAAAAAAUGUGUCCAAACAAAACCCAGCACUGGUGUAAGGUCGAUUAAGCUGCCUAAACUCGUGAAAGAUUACGGAUACGAUAAUCCAAACAUAAUAGCAACUGAUCCACCAAAUAAUGCAGUAAUUCCAUUACGAACACAAAUUCUUAGAAUAUUUUUUAAGAUUAGAGUCGAACUUUCGAGCAAAUAUAUUUCAAUAUAUAGAUCAACAAAUACCGAAGAUAUCUUUCGACAAAAAAUGAUUGCAAAUGAUAAAUAUGUUACAUUAAGUGAUGAUGGCAGGACGUUAAAUAUACAGGUCUUGGAAAGUACUUUCAAUACUCCUAAUGCUGGAUAUUUUGUUAGACUCGAAUAUAAUUCGAUCAAAGAUGCUGAUAAUAAAGAACCUUUAUUUGGAAUUAAAGCAAAUAUCUGGCGGUUAAAUACAAUCGAUGAAAAACCAAACACGGACGUUUUAACUCCUUCAAUAAAGGGAAUGUUAAGAUUAACUUCAAAUGGAACAAAAUAUUUUGAAUCUUUACCGUCAAAUGGACGAGAUGAAUUUUUUCAAAAUUUACUAAAAUGUGCUUCAGAUUCAGUGCCAGUUGAUAUUCAUAGAUUAUCAUUAACAAAGUGCUGUCAGUAUGAUGAAGCACCAUCUAAAAAAGAGAAACAAUUAAUCAUUGGCAUAAGAAUAGCUCAAACUAAAGAUUUGAAUUUACCAAGUACUUAUCAAAUUAAGAAAGAUCUUGAUAUUAUGAUUAAAAGUCCUAUUUCUUACAUGAGACAAUGCAAUGGAUCGGAACAUAUUGAUGGAACUUUUGGUGAUUUCUUUGAGGAGAAGAAAUAUGAACUUGUUGGAGUUGGAUCAACUUUUGGUCUAAUAUCUGUGGGUCUGUUGAUGAUAAAACUCAAAAGUCCUGAGGCCAAUUUGUUUGCCUUAAUAAGGACAGCUUUUUCUUUAGUUGAUUUUGUUGUCGAUUUUCUGUUUUUAAUUAACAAUGCUCCUAACGUACCUUCGCUUUAUGUUCCGACAUUGAUAUUCUUUAUAUUACCGUUAAUUAUAAAUAUGUUAACGAGUAUUAAAUUGUUAAUUAAAGAAAUAACAACAAAUCCUUCGUUUUAUGAAUGGGUUAAAGAAUGUACUGGUAUAUUAGGGAUAUUCACUCUAAUAUCGUGUAUGGAAAUUGAAAUAUUAAAUCUUCUUGUAUCAAAUAUUGGUGGACUAAAGUAUUUUAAUGCUCCUUUAACUGAUUAUUCAUUAAAAGUGAUUUUUAGAAUAAGUUCACUUUGUUUCUUUAUUGAGGAUAUUCCUCAACUCGUAAUCAUGAUGAUUUAUACGCAGAAAAUUGUUAAAUAUGAUAUUAUUCAAGUAGUUGCGGUUUUGUCAAGUGUUUUGGUUGUAUUAUUAGGUCUUAUUACAAGAAUUUAUAAAGCUCUUUUGCAUUUUAAGUUAGUAAAACAAUUCUCUACAUUCACAGAGAAGUUUGAUGAAAUGCAAACUUCGGAAAGCGAUAAGCGAUAUGAACACAUUUAG